UACCAAAGUUGUCGGCACCGAAGCGCGUGGCUUCUUGUUUGGCGCUCCGGUAGCUCUGGGUCUGGGCGUUGGCUUUGUACCGGUCCGUAAACCGGGCAAACUGCCGCGUGAAACCAUCAGUGAAACUUACGACCUGGAAUACGGCACCGAUCAGCUGGAGAUCCACGUUGAUGCCAUCAAACCGGGCGACAAAGUUCUGGUGGUGGACGACCUGCUGGCAACCGGCGGCACUAUCGAAGCGACCGUUAAACUGAUCCGUCGUCUGGGUGGUGAAGUGGCUGACGCUGCGUUC